AUGACAGCCCUGCCUUUUCUGUCCUGCCUCUUCUGUAUCAUUGGAUCCACCGCCCCGGUCCUAACACCGCUUCCCACAGAGCCCCCAUUGAUUCAGGGUCACCCCUUUGUGGCCGUUUGGAAUGCGCCCACUGACGCGUGCCAAGAGCUCCACAUCCCAUUGGACACUGCAGCCUUCCAUGCAGUGACCACGACCAAACUGGUGCAGGGUCAGUUCCUCACCCUCUUCUACGAGGAGAAGCUCGGCCUCUACCCCAAAUUCGACACCGACAAAUGCAAAAUCCACAGAGGUGGAGUUCCUCAGAAAGGCAACCUGACGGAGCACCUGGUGAAAGCCAAAAGUCAGAUACAUUACUACAUCUCCAAGGAUUCCUCUCCUGGGCUGGCUGUCAUUGACUGGGAAUCUUGGCACCCCCUUUGGGUCCUGAACAGGGGACAUAAACGUGUUUAUCAAAAGCAGUCCAUCGCUCAUGCCACGAAGAUGGUCCCAUUUCUAUCCAAGAACAAAAUUCAUGAACUGGCUAAGAGGCACUUUGAGCAUGCCGGGCGGGGCUUCAUGGAGAAGACUCUCACCCUUGGAAUUGUUGAGCAUCCAGUCCGUCGCUGGGGCUACUACCUCUUCCCCGACUGCCACAACUAUGCCUGGAGGGAGACCAACUACACUGGGAAGUGCUCAGCGAAGGUUCAGACAUGGAAUGACCAGCUGCUGUGGCUGUGGGAGCGCAGCACCGCCCUCUUCCCCUCCAUCUACCUCAAUGUGCGCCUAAGAAACUCCCCAAAGGCGACAAUGUUUGUCCGCAACCGAGUCCAGGAGGCAGUGAGGGUAGCCAAGCUGCCAAAACAAGCGUACACAGUACCCAUCUACGUCUACUCCAAACCUAUGUACCGGAGCCAGAACCAGAAGUUCCUCAGUCAGGUAAGCCAGUGAACUCUGGUGGACUUUGGGUCAGCUCAGCGCCUGGUCCGUAGGACUUCAGUUCUGAUGACUCGCUUUGCAGCAUUUUGUCUCUCUGAUUUCUGGGUUUGUAUAUUUAUGACUCUGUAUUUCUUAAACUUGUUUCAUGACUGGAAAUAAGAACAUUAGUAAAAGUGCAUCUUUGCAGGAUUCAGUUUCUUCUCCAUCUUCUAGAAAGAUCUGGUAAGCACUAUCGGAGAGUCUGCAGCUCUGGGAGCUUCAGGGAUCAUCAUGUGGGGAGCGUCCCAAGACUACAACAACAAGGUAACCACACCUUCUUGAAACAUACUUGCUGUUUUCACAUUCAUUAAAGGAGAGGGGACAUUUAACAGUAUUUGUCUGUUAUUUUAGUGCAAAUUCCUGUUGUUUUCUCAGCUCAUGUUCAUUUGCAGAAGUCCAGCAGAUUAAUAGAGUUAAAAAUCAGGGGUUUGAGCUCCUUAGAGGAAGCACAGACUAAUCAUGUCUGCAUCCACAGCAAUGACACUGUGUCUGUACUCUUUAAAAGUGUGAAACAAAAGAGGAACACAGAUGACGAGGCUUUAGUCAGCAAACAAUUAAACCUCCCUUUGAUUCCUCUUUUUGUAGAAAGUCUCAGCAGUUAAAGAAUUUUGGUUUCCCCGCCAAAGUUUCAUGCAUUUCAGAUUUCGAUGUAAAAUUGAUUAAGUUUGAUGGUCCUUCUUGCUUUUACACAUCACAAAAAGGCAUCAGGGUGAAUUUCUGUCUGUUAAAUGGAAGUCAGAAUGGAGAUUUAAGAUAUUUAAAUUCCUUUUAGACACAAAACCUGAAGCGUAAAGUGAGAAAAAGACAACUACAACGUCCAAGUGUUAGGAUUUUGAAGUUGAUCUUGUACAACGGCUGAUUUUUUUGCAUUGUCUUCUGACUUCGUCAAGCUUGUUGGGGUUCAUAGUUUCCAGUAAAACCAGCUUUUACUAAAUCUGUGUUGGUCUACAGCAUGUUCCUCUAAACCCCUCGUCUUCUUGACUCAAAGUAGCACCAGGAGAUGGAGGUCUUUGUCACUCACAUGUUUGUUUGCAAACUGAAAACAUGGCAGAUCCAUCUAAAGAGCUCAAGAGGCCCAAAGUGAACCUAGAGAGAGCUUAAAAUCAGAUACCUGCAGGCAGGAGAAAGAAGCACGAGUCUUACACUAAGAAUGCCUCAGAUAUAUCCUUACGAUCGUAUCUCAUAGCUCGCCUCUGACACGUCCUGUCUCCGUGGAAAACAUGUCAAGUCUCUGUCCUUGAUGUGUGAUAUAUCAACGUCCAGAACAUGUCAAAGCAUCAAUCACUGCAUCAUGACAAGAUGAGCCCCCCCCACCCAGCAGCUGUCCUUCAAGCUGAACAUGCUAAACAUUUGGAAGAUUCUGGCUCCUCAGGUCGGCGCCUCUUCAGGUUUCACGUGGACGGCUGACAUUUCUGCUAUGUGAAACAUUCGGGCGACUGCAGCUACCUUUCCCCUCUUUACGGUUUAUUCUCUUCUCCCAAGGAAAAAUGAGACUCACUGUAAGUUCACAGUAUUCUGGGUAUAGGGGACAAAUCCAGUAACUGCUAUUAGUCUUAUAAUACCUCUUACUGUCUCCACACACCAAGCACGAGUAAAAUCAUUCACAUGGACGGAUCACGUGUUAAGUCAAUGCAAAGACGCGAUGAGAAACUCCUACGACUGGUGGCGCGAAUGACGCGAAUUGGGCAAAUCUCAACUUGAGCAGAUAUUUGCAUUGCGAUAACUACUCAGCAUGAACGUUGCCGGGUGACGUAUGAAAACAGACGGUUGUUCACUGGUAUCUAAAAUGGAGGACAAACUGAUCAAGUCAGUGUGUGUGUGGGUGGCCCAGAUUCUAUGAUACCUUUUCUUUCAAUUACCGAAACCGGAAUAAAAAGGAGCUCGCCUGGAGGCAAGUGAGCGAGGAGGUCAGACGACCUGGUAAGUUGUAAAAAACCAUUGAAAUUACCGUUGACGUGCGAAUGAAGCCAGUCAAUACUUUGCAUUCACAUGUCUCGAUUCACGCAAAUUAAGGGAUUAGACAAUUUUACUCAUGCUUGGUGUGAGCGCCCCAUUAGAUAUUAGGAUAGUUUGUGAUUGAGUACAACAGGGCUCAUUUCUCUGCCCUAUAGAUUCUAACCUGUGACCUUGGUCUAACCUUUAACCCUGCCUCCUCUCUUCAGGGCACCUGUCAGUUACUGUCCAAGUACCUUGAGUCCACCUUGAACCCUUACAUCACCAAUGUAACGGCAGCCGCCAUGCUCUGCAGCGAGGUUUUGUGUCAGGGGAAGGGCCGCUGCGUCAGAAAGAACUACGACUCCGCUCACUACCUGCAUCUGAACCCCGCCCACUUCAGCAUCGCGAAGGUUGACGGGAAGUAUGCAGCGAACGGUCUCCCGUCUGCUGCCGAUCUGAACGCCUGGGCUGAAAACUUCACCUGUCAGUGCUACGCUGGAUCCAGCUGUUCAGCCAAACUGAAGCAUCCAACCGCAGCUAGAAGUAUCUGGGUUUGA